UGUGCUUUUGAUUUUGAUUCAUCAUGGCAAUGAAACAGACCAUAUUAACAGUUUGUUUACUUCCAAGUAACUAAACUAGCUGGAUUUAUGAUCAAAUACGUUCCAACCGUGAUGAUCCUAUCUUUCCGUUCACCAGGAACUAUAUUAUUAUUUUUGAUAUAUACACCGUGUUCUGUGUUUAAGACAGCUGAUUGUGUCUUAAGGAAGAUUUGACUGCUAUUUUCAGCAAUCGGACGUUGUCCUGGUUAGUUACUGAUCUAAGAGUAGAACAUAUGAUCUCUGAUCAAAGCCGUUCCAGCCGUGGUCAUCUAUUUAAAAAAAUCUUUUUGUUAUUGUUUAAACUUGUUUAGACUUCAUAAUGCAGUGUGCACUUCCUUUUAAAUAUAAUAGGGUAUGAUUUAAGGAAGAUUUGGCUGCUAUUUUUCUGACGCUGUACAACUACGCAGAGGCUUGAAUCCGUGUUAGCUUAACUAUGUUGACGUAAAUGUAUUUAUUAUUGCUGCCAGCAACCCCAGUUAGACAUUUCUAGUCAUACAUCAACAUUUCAUUGAUACGAAAAGAAGAGAAAACAACAGCUGAUCCAAUUUUCAUUUCAACUAUUGUGUUUGUUUUGUUUAGCAGUACAUUAGCAUUUAUCCGGCUGGCAUAUGAUUAAAAGCAUUUCUAACCGUGACCAUCCCAUGAAUUUUUUUUUUUUUUUUGUAUAUCCAUGAUUAUAUCCAAAAUGCCUUUUUGAAAAAUGGUGGUUGGGAGCGAUUCGAAGAGAUUUCACUGUUAUUUCUAGCGUCUCGAUCGAUGACGUAGAGGCGCUCUUCGUUGGUUCGGAAUCUUUAAAUAGCGGGUUGUUGUUGUUUUCAGCCCCAGAUCAACCUUGAUCGAUUUGACUUGUGAUCAGAGGCGUUCCAGCCGUGGUCAUCUCAUCUCUGCACAUAUCCAUGAUUAUUAUGGGCAUUCCCUUCCCAGUGAUAUGUAAGGACAAGAAUUUUAGGGUUAAAAGCCUUGCAAAGGCCCUGUCAGAAAGCGAAUAUGAUAUCAUUUUACUCCAAGAGAUUUGGUGCAUAUCUGACUUUGAACAUUUAAAAUCAGUGAUUUCAAAUAAAUUACCACAUUCCCACUAUUUUCACAGAUCCAUGCAGAGUAUAGUGAUGUUAAUGACGAAUAUUUCACCCAUCGCUUGAUCCAGUCAUUUCAACUUAGCCAGUUUAUAAAACAGACUUCAGAGAAAUGUGAUGUUGUCUUUGUUGGCGGAGACUGUAAUAUGGAAUCAAAUUCCCUCAGUUACAAAAUCCUUACUACCAAUGCCAUGUUAAAUGAUGCGUGGUUGAAAAAG